AAGAAAGUAUAGAAAGAUCUUUUCUUACACUAAAUGGCAUUUUCAUUGUCUAAAUUUCUUGUGUUCUUCACCAUCCUCUGUGCUUCUUCAUUCAUCGCCGUAUUAUCAACAGACGAGGCUUCAAAUUUAAUCCAAAAGACAUGCGAGAAUACACAACACUACGAUCUUUGUGUCUCGUCGCUAGAAUUGGACUCAUCGAGCGCGAAAUCGGAUGCCAAAGGGCUGGCCCUAAUCAUGAUCAACAUCGCCAUCGCGAAUGCCACAGAGACAAAUUCUUACAUCGCCUCCCAAAUCAAGAACAUUACGAAUAACACGGCAAUGGAUAGAGCGAUGAGGGUAUGCAAUGACAAGUACGCCUUUGCGAACAAUGCUCUUCGUAAUUCGAUUGUGAAUUUGGACAACGAGGAAUAUGAUUAUGCCUACAUGCAUGUAAUGGCUGCCGGAGAUUAUCCGAGCGGGUGCCGGAGCGCGUUCCGGCGGUGUCCGGGAUUGGUUUAUCCAACAAAUAUGGCUGUUAGGGAGGAGGCUUUGAAGCAUAUUUGUGAUGUAGUUUUGGGGAUUGUUGAUUCUCUUGGCUCCUAAUUAGGGUUUUGUAUUUAUUUAUUUUUUUUUUGGAUGAACAUAACUUCACUAAUUGUGAUGUAUUGGAGGAUCUAAAAAUGUUGGCACUUUGUUCAUUCAAAAAGAUUGUUUAUUUGGAGUUGAA